AUGGAGGGAAUCUCGGGAAUCUCUGGAAUCUCUAACGAAACUUACGAAAUAAUUCCACUCGUAUCAGCAGCCAGUAAUCGACUGUUUUGGACGCUCAACGGUCCUCUUGAGAGCGCAAUCCAAGUUGCGCCCAACCCGUAUUAUGAGCCAGGCGACGUCAUGGAACCAUACUUUCGUCCUGCCGCCGACGGUCUCGCGCCGGUCUGGCAUCCUAUAUCGCAAGAGUCUCUCAUGGGGCCCAAGAUCGACACAAUCACCGUCAGAAUUCGCUGCAUCGAUUCGUGGGAAGAGCUUUGGGUUGAGCUUAACCGCGACUGUACCGACACAAAGAAUGACCCCCGGCGGCCGCGAGCCAAGGAUACCCAGCCCGAGGCGACGGCCGGCGGCGAGUUUCUCACAAUCCACGAGUACGUCUCCGCCGUGCACCCGUGGCUCAUGGGCAUGCGCGAGGCCCAGAAAGAGGAGGCCUCGCGGAAAGUCAUGGAGAGAUAUAAAGCGAGAUCUGCGGAGCGAGUACGCGAGUUGGAAAGGUUCCGCCAACAGAAUAUUUGA